GCUGCCCAGCCGGAUCGCCUCACAUUCGGACAUACGCGUACGCUAGGCCGGCGCCUCAUUGAAGUGGCGACGGAGCACCUCCUUGAAUGUGAGCAGCGCUCGUUCGCACAGAAAAGAAAAACAGCAGUCAUUGUCGCCCACUUGGUUCACUCGGUGUCGUUGAUAACGCCAAGCGUAGAUCUCAGACGACAAAGCUGCAUAGAGGCUUUUUUUGUAGUGGUGGUGGUCAUCGUUGUUUUACUCUUCCAAUCCUUCGGUGGUGUAUGUGUACGAUAACUGUUGUUAACGUUGCCGCAGCCGUCGAGGAAUGAUUUGCGUCCGCAUAUGCACAUCUCCGCCAACUCACUCGUGCGUUUUGGGCUCGUCGCAAUCGGCAUCUCCGGCGCUGGUCUCGGUGGGCGGUACGUCUACAACGUGUACGAGCAGCGACACCCCGCUCGCAACGACAGAUUGCUCCAGCUCGCCGCCAUCGCACUCUCCGGCGAGGUAAUCAGCAAGGCACUGAACGACGCGGAGGUGCAGGAGCAGCUGCGUGUGUUCGGGCUGCAGCUUCUCACGCACCCCGUUGUGGUGGCGGAGUUGAAGAAGUUUUUUAUUCGCGAGCUCACCACCGACACGCCGACGCGUGCGGCGCUGCGCGCCUUUGUUGUUCGUGACAUUAUCAAAGACGAGUGGGUCAAGGAGGAACUGAUUGGGGUGGCGGAGAACCUGGUGGACUCGGUGAAGGACAAUCCGGACUUGUACCCAUCGCGCGUGCUCAGCUGGCUUGGCGGUUGCGCCCUGGAAGGGAUGCGGCGAGACGAGUUUAAGGCGGCGGUACGAGCCAGCGGAAAGAAGGCGCUCUGGAUUGCCUUCAUCGGUCCGCCGCCGCCUGACACACCGUUCGACCCGCCGUUUUGA